CCAUAUAACAGAAACUAUUUUAAAAUAUGCGGGGUAAAUGAAGCAAACUUUGUGUCAACACAAAAGAUGCCCCACUCGGUUGAAUUUUCAAUUCUUGCUUAUUAAAAAAAAUACACAUCACUUAUUUUUCACUUUUUUUUUCUUUUUCUCUUCUUCUUCCUUUGAACCGCGUUAUUUAUGUCUACAUACGAGCUAUCUAUUAUUGGGAAGAAAUAUACACCAGAUCAUCGUAUUUAUUUCGGACGGUAAAAUGAUAUCCCCAUUCCAUGAUAUCCCUCUUUAUGCUGAUGCUGAGAAAAAGAUUGUGAAUAUGAUUGUCGAAAUCCCUCGUUGGUCUAAUGCCAAGUUUGAAAUUGCCACAGGCGAAAAAUACAAUCCUAUUAAACAAGAUGUCAAAAAAGGAAAAGUCAGAUUUGUACGCAACUGCUUCCCUUUUAAGGGAUACAUUUGGAAUUAUGGCGCUUUGCCACAGACAUGGGAAGAUCCUACAGUUAUUACGCCCGAUACAGGCGCUAAAGGUGAUAAUGACCCUAUUGAUAUUUGUGAAAUUGGUGAAGAAAUUGGCUAUCGAGGACAAGUUAAACAGGUCAAAAUUUUAGGUGUGAUAGCCUUGUUAGAUGAAGGCGAAACAGAUUGGAAAUUGAUUGGUAUUGAUAUCAAAGACCCCAUGGCUGAUAAAGUGCAUGAUAUAGAAGAUGUGGAGAAGCAUUUUCCUGAGCUUAUUCAAGCCACGCGCCAGUGGUUCAAGAUCUACAAAAUUCCUGAUGGUAAAGCAGCUAAUAAAUUUGCAUUUGACGGGCAAUGCAAAAAUAAGGCUUAUGCAGAAGCAGUUGUAAAGGAAACGCACGAAGCUUGGCAACGCCUUAUAGACGGCAAAAUACCUUGCAAGGCCGAUACUCAUGAUAUUAGUGUGGCUAAUGUAACCAUUCAAGCCUCACCAUACAAUGUGAACAAAGAGUCAUACAAGGAAGGCAAAAUGGAAAAGCAUUCAAACAAGUACAAGCGUAAGGUCAAAGUUGUAGAAAGAGAUGACAAAUGGUAUUAUAUAAAAUCGAAGCUUUAAGAUACAAUAAAUCUAUGGCAACACAAAAUGUAUUAAUUUUUAUGUGUCCCUUUAGUCUAGUAGUACGGCAUUUUAAUUUGAGG